AUGGAAUCGAGGAGACAUUCUCGAGGACAUAUUCUUGACUCCGAUAGUAGACUUAAGCCUUUAGUCUUUACGUUCCAAAUUACCAAUUCCAACUUCCGAUCGUUGUUUUGUUCAAAGAAAUCUAAUGUAGUUGCUACAAGCAAAACCGAGUUGGGGUUUUAUUUAGAAGAAUCUUUAUUUCGAAGAAGCGAGUCUUUUGAUGUCCUAGAUUGGUGGAAAGUCAAUAGUGCCAAACAGCCUACUCUUGCAAAGAUCGCACAUGACACAUUAGCCGUUCUGGCAACUAGUGUUGCAUCCGAGGCAAACAUUUAG